AUGGAAAAGGACCAUCAUGGCUAUGUCCGCACACGUGAGCCGGAAACCUACUUCUUCUACCUGACUGGGGACGACACUUUUGCACGCCACACUUCGGACUAUUGGCGCGGCUUCUUCGGUGUUCCCACAAGGCAUAUGGACAACCCGUUCCAUUAUGGUACUACCUGGGUCCCAACGCCUUCACAGCAGACUUCAGGUACCUCUUUGACUACCACGGCCUUGGCGACAGAGCUUCAUACCCGAGUCUUCAAUCCUGUCAAUGCCGCCAGUGAGAUCCGUACUCGAAUGCCCUUGGAGGAGUUGCAGGUCCUGUCGCGUGCUCUCCAGACGUUAACCACUGAGAGCACUUCAGGGACGAAUGAGGGCACACCGGCGUUAUAG